AUGCCAUCUCCUCUCUCUGUCUCCUUCCUCCUCUUCCUUUCCUUAGUAGGAGGCAGGCCCCAGAAGUCCUUACUGGUGGAGGUAGAAGAGGGAGGUAAUGUUGUGCUGCCAUGCCUCCCGGACUCCUCACCUGUCUCUUCUGAGAAGCUGGCUUGGUAUCGAGGCAACCAGUCAACACCCUUCCUGGAGCUGAGCCCCGGGUCCCCUGGCCUGGGAUUGCAUGUGGGGUCCCUGGGCAUCUUGCUAGUGAUUGUCAAUGUCUCGGACCAUAUGGGGGGCUUCUACCUGUGCCAGAAGAGGCCCCCUUUCAAAGACAUCUGGCAGCCUGCCUGGACGGUGAACGUGGGGGGUAGUGGGGAGAUGUUCCGGUGGAAUGCUUCAGACUUCAGGGACCUGGACUGUGACCUAAAGAACAGGUCCUCUGGGAGCCACAGGUCCACUUCUGGUUCCCAGCUGUAUGUGUGGGCAAAAGACCAUCCUAAGGUCUGGGGAACAAAGCCUGUAUGUGCCCCUCGGGGGAGCAGUCUGAAUCAGAGUCUAAUCAACCAAGAUCUCACUGUGGCACCUGGCUCCACACUUUGGCUGUCCUGUGGGGUACCCCCUGUCCCAGUGGUCAAAGGCUCCAUCUCCUGGACUCAUGUGCAUCCUAAGAGGCCUAAUGUUUCAUUACUGAGCCUAAGCCUUGGGGGAGAGCACCCAGUCAGAGAGAUGUGGGUCUGGGGGUCUUUUCUGCUUCUGCCCCAAGCCACAACUUUAGAUGAAGGUACCUAUUAUUGUCUCCGAGGAAACCUGACUAUCGAGAGGCAUGUGAAGGUCAUUGCAAGGUCAGCAGUGUGGCUCUGGCUGUUGAGAACUGGUGGAUGGAUAGUCCCAGUGGUGACUUUAGUGUAUGUCACCUUCUGUAUGGUUUCUCUGGUGGCUUUUCUCUAUUAUCAAAGAGCCUUUAUCCUGAGAAGGAAAAGGAAGCGAAUGACUGAUCCCGCCAGGAGAUUCUUCAAAGUGACGCCUCCCUCGGGAAAUGGGACCCGGAACCAGUAUGGGAAUGUUCUCUCCCUUCCUACAUCCACCUCUGGCCAGGCCCAUGCUCAGCGUUGGGUUGCUGGCCUAGGGAGUGUCCCUGGAUCCUAUGGAAAUCCACGCACUGAAGGCCAGGAUACUGGAGCUCAGAGCCAUGAAACAGGACUGGAAGAAGAAGGGGAGGCCUAUGAAGAGCCAGACAGCGAGGAGGGCUCUGAAUUCUAUGAGAACGAUUCCAACCUUGGACAGGACCAGCUUUCCCAGGAUGGGAGUGGCUAUGAGAACCCUGAGGAUGAACCCAUAGGUCCAGAGGAAGAAGACUCCUUCUCUAAUGCUGAGUCUUAUGAAAAUGCAGAUGAGGAGCUGGCCCAACCAGUUGGCAGGACGAUGGACUUCCUGAGUCCCCAUGGGUCUGCCUGGGACCCCAGCCGGGAAGCAUCCUCGCUUGGGUCCCAGUCCUAUGAAGAUAUGAGAGGGAUCCUGUAUGCAGCUCCUCAGCUCCAUUCAAUUCAGUCUGGUCCCAGUCAUGAGGAAGAUGCAGACUCUUAUGAAAACAUGGAUAAGUCUGAUGACCUAGAACCAGCAUGGGAAGGAGAGGGCCACAUGGGGACUUGGGGAACCACAUGA